UCUAGCCUGAUAUAUUGAUACAUACAACUAGCAUACGUUGAAUUCAUUGACAGGGUCAAAAGCAACUGCACACCUCUCCCUUCCCUUUUGUCUGAAUCCCAUAAACUCUCUCACCCUCUCUCUAACGUGUAUCUUCUAAUUCUAUUCUUAGAAUCUCAGGUAAACAUGGCAGCGCAGCUCCAUCACCAAUUUCUGCCUCUCAAAGACCCUCGCCAACAUGAAAUGCCUCUUAAUCUAAAAUUAAACAAAAAGGAAACAAAUCUAUUCCAAAAAAGAUAAAGACUUGGGAGAACAACAAAAUCUCUCCAACAGCGGCUCGUUUCUGCCCGGAGCUGCUCCCCAUUUCCGGCUUGGAGAUGACCGUUGUUCACCUUCUUGUUCUCCUCUUCCUCCUCACACUUUCUCUCUGCAACCUCUCAUUUUCCUUAACAGAAGAUGAGGCUCUUCUCCAAUUUAAGAAGUCUUUAACUCAGACAGAUGCAUUGGAUGAUUGGGUUUCAGGAUCCGAUCCUUGUGUUGAAAAGUGGGCUGGUGCCAUUUGCUCUCGUGGUGCCCUCACAGGCCUCCAUCUUUCGAACAUGGGUCUCUCAGGAACAAUUGACGUCGAAGCAUUACAACAGCUUCCUGGACUUAGAACCAUCAGUUUUGGGAACAACAAAUUCUCAGGUCCAAUCCCUCAGUUCAAUAAACUUGGCACAUUGAAAUCACUCUUAUUAUCCCAGAAUAAGUUUUCCGGUGAAAUACCAAACGAUUUCUUCGCCACAAUGUCAUCUCUCAAGAAAAUUUGGAUCUCUAACAAUACAUUUACGGGAAAAAUACCCGAGUCAGUGAUGCAAUUAUCGCAUCUCAAAGAACUGCACCUGGAAUGGAACCAAUUCUCUGGACAAAUCCCACCAUUGAAACAACCCAAGCUACUAAUAUCCUCUCUGAAUUUCUCGCAUAAUAAACUCGAAGGAGAAAUUCCUUCUAGCUUUUCCACAUUCACUGCCGCUUCAUUCGCAGAAAAUGAUGGACUCUGUGGAAAACCACUUGAUAAAUCUUGCUCUAAGCCAAGCCCUCCACCAACAAUAGUUAGAGUAUCAGAAGCGACCCAUAAGACAGAUAGUAAGUCCACAACGUGGUUUGGGGUGGUGAUGUUAGCAAUCAUAGUACUUAUGAUUUUCUGCGCCAUGUGUCCGGCGCGCAGGCGGCAUAAGGACGACGACUUCAGCAGGUUAGAGAAAGAGAACCUCGAUGAGGUAGGGCUGUCUAGGCGAGGACAGGGAUCAAGCAGGAGGCCUGCGUCAGAAAGUAGUCGAAAAAGUACGUCUAGCAGAAGGGCACCCUUUAACCCCAAGAAUAGAAUGGGUGAUAUGAUAAUGCUAAACGCUGAAAAGGGUAGUUUUGGUAUGUCGGAUUUGAUGAAGGCAGCAGCCCAAGUGCUUGGAAAUGGCGGAUUGGGGUCUGCUUAUAAGGCCAUGCUGACGAAUGGAUUGUCAGUAGUAGUUAAAAGAAUCAGGGAGAUGAAUAUGCUAGGAAAAGACGCUUUUGAUGCUGAAAUGAGACGUUUCGGGAGGAUAAAUAACAAAAACAUUUUGGCUCCAUUGGCUUUCUAUUUCAGGAAGGAGGAGAAGCUUUUGGUGACAGAGUUCAUGCCUAAUGGCAGCUUGUUAUAUGUAUUGCAUGGUGAUCGUGGAAUUUGUCAUGCUGCACUCGAUUGGCCAACGCGUCUAAAGAUAAUAAAGGGAAUUGCAAAUGGGUUACAUUUUCUGUACACGAAUUAUUCAAACUAUAACCUUCCUCAUGGAAAUCUCAAGUCCAGCAAUGUUCUUUUAAAUGAAACUUACGAGCCACUUCUGACCGACUAUGCACUGGAUCCACUGAUCAAUCCCAACCAUUCUGCACGGACAAUGUUUGCUUAUAAAUCCCCAGAAUAUCUAGCAAAUCGUCAGGUUUCUCACAAGUCGGAUGUAUAUUGUCUUGGAAUCAUCAUUCUUGAAGUGAUGACUGGGAAAUUUCCAUCUCAGUAUCUUAGCAAUGGUAGAGGAGGGACAGAUGUUGUGCAAUGGGUCAGGCAAGCAAGCUCGGAAGGGAAAGAACAAGAGUUGAUCGAUCCAGAGAUAGCAAGCAAUAGCAGUUCAGAAUCACUUCAGCAGAUGGUGCAAUUGCUUCGUGUUGGAGCUACUUGCACUGAAAGUAAUACAGCGCAACGGAUAGAUAUGAAAGAAGCAAUUAAGAGGAUAGAGGAAAUACAGGUUUGAGGCAUUUUUUCAUACACCUGUUGGGCUAAUUAAUUUGCAAGUUGCUUAACGUUUAGGCAAAGAA